CAUUGAAUUCGAUUGUUUAUUGCUCCAUCGCCUCAGACUAGUGGAACUGCUGUUUAGAUGACGAUAUCAUUAACUUUGAAUUCAUUAACUAAGGGGAGAACCCUUUAAUUCCACAAGCGAGUAUUAAUUUAAUGCAGUCAUAGAGGAUUGUCAGAUUCUCGUUUCAAAUAUGGUGUUAACGAAGGAAUAUCGUAUAUGCAUGCCACUUACCACGGAAGAGUAUCGCAUAGGACAGCUUUAUAUGAUUGCAAGACACAGUCAUGAGCAAUCAGAUAAUGAUGAGGGUGUUGAAGUAGUUGAAAAUGUUGAGUGUGAACACCAAGAGCAUGGAAAAGGCCAAUAUACAGAGAAACGGAUCCAUUUGUCUAGUAAAUUGCCAUAUUGGAUUCAGUCGGUCAUUCCACGAAUAUUCUAUGUCACAGAGAAGGCAUGGAAUUAUUAUCCCUUUACUAUCACAGAAUAUACUUGUUCUUUUAUUCCAAAAUUUCACAUCUCGAUAAGAACUCGAUAUGAGAACAACAAUGGAUCCACAGAAAAUUGCUUAGGUCUGUCUCCUAUUGAACUGAUUCAUCGUGAGGUUGAUUUUGUGGACAUCGCGUAUGAUGAAUUGUCCUCGAAACACUAUAAAGAGGAAGAGGACCCAAAAUUCUUUCAAUCGCAACGAACUGGUCGUGGGCCAUUGGUAGAGGGGUGGAAAGACACCACGCAACCUGUAAUGUGUUCUUACAAACUAGUUCAGGCCUCUUUUGAAGUAUGGGGCAUGCAAACUCGCGUGGAAGACUUCAUUCAUAGAUGUAUAAGAGAUAUUUUAUUAUUGGGUCAUCGUCAAGCAUUUGCGUGGAUCGAUGAGUGGUACGAUAUGACACUAGAGGAUGUUCGACAAUACGAACAAAAGAUGCAAGCCGAAACUAAUGAAAAAGUGCGGCUCAGAAAUAUGAAUAAUGAAAAACCGGCUACACCAACAACACCAACUUCAUCGGUGCCAUCUUCGCCAUUACCUAAAUCCCCUACACAGUCCACUCGGUCAUGGUUCUCUUGGUCUUAGCCGUAAUGUUAGAAAGAUAACAAUAGCGUAUUUAGGGAACAUAAUCAUAAUUGUGCAAAUAAACAUCAGCAUUUUCGAUUCUGUGUGUAUAUACAUGUAUAAUUAGGCACCUGUAUCAGGAUUUAUAAAACAGAGUUCCUGUUCCUGUUUCUCUUCUAGAUCAUUUCUUUGCGAAAUUAUCGUCAUUGUUAUUAAUAAUAUUGUUAAAUAUUUUUAUAGUUUAAUCAUGUUUACGUUAAUCAAUUUAAUAAGGCUAGCUGAGAGCAAUAUUUUAAAAAAGUGCAAGUUUCUUGUGAAUUUUAUCACCUUUAGUAAUUACUUCUUUGUAGCUAAUUUUCUGAUUGUUAUUUAUAAACAUUUAUAAAGUUGUUUUACGAAGAACUGAAAGUACCAGGAGUAGUUGUGAAAUCAUUGGAAAUAUAAAAUUAAUAGUGAAAUUUGAAUUUAAUAGGGGAGAUACAACAGCACAUCCAAAGCGGAUGUUCAUUGAUAUUAUAUACACCGGCUUAAAUUAUAUCGAUAUGUGAAAUAUUGUAAAGACCAGUGAUAAUAUUUAACGUAAGACUUAUUAAACAUCGUAGCAAAUUUUUGUGACUGCACAAAGGAUAUAAAUAUAUAUGUAUAAAUAUAUAUUACUUCUUAAUGGAACUACAAACUCUCACGGCACUACUGAAUUGUCUUUUCUUUUUGAUUUGAUAUGAAAUCUGUAUUAAUUAACAGAUAGCUGUAGUGUCGUUUUUUAAAAAAGUAGUUUCUAAAAAGCAGGUUGUACAUAAUUAUCUGAGCUAGAGCAUCGAUUUUAAUUCUUCUAAUUUUUAAAAUGUAUGAAGAGUACCUAUUUUUAAUUUAGCAUUUGAAUUUUUUUCCGUUUCUAAUUUAUGUAGUUACAUGUUGUUCAAAAUUUUCGUGGGACCAAAAGACACUUUAAAACAAAAAGAAAAAAAAAAAAACUGAUAGAAACGCACAAUAAUUUUCAUACUUGUUCACUUCUAAUUUUUAUAUAAACUCAAAGAUUGCAAGCGUAACUAUACACACUUGCAUAACUACACACUGUGCCAUGGAAAGAAAAAUGUUUGAUCUCAUUGUUUUUCACCGCUCAGUUUCCAUGGCACAUUUAAAAUUGUGUUCCUUUUUGAAAAGGUACUCACAGCAAAGCAUUUAAUUGCCUUCUUAUUGUACAAAUAUGUAUUUAAAUAAACGUUUCAAGCUGUUCUUCUCAGAA